AUGCCCGCAAUCAGCGUACGCAAGCUAGAUACCUGUACCGAAGAAGACUUAGACAACAUCGCGAAGGUAUUCACAGUCGCUUUCAGGGGGGAUCCAGUGGCUCUGGCCAUGACUGGUGGCGACGAGUCGGAGUCGCUUCUGUACGCUCUUGAGCGCGCGACGGUCGCCUGUGUGGCGAUUUCCGGGCAACUUUGGGUCGCGAGCUACGGGGACCAGGACUUUGUCUCGGCCGCGACUUGGUUACCUCCUGGAAGGGUACUUCUUGACACUCCAGACCAGCAGGCCAUCUUUGGUAGCUUCUUGGACUCUCUUCAGCCCGAGCUCAAGCGCUGGUGGUUGGACACUUUCCUUCCACAGUACGAAGCUGCCACGGACGAAGUCCUCGGAGAAGGCGGUAAAGAAAAGGCGUGGAACUUGAUGACCAUCGGGACAUUGCCGGACGCACGUCGACGCGGUCUUGCAUCGGCGCUCGUACAGGCUGUAAUCAAGAAGGCCGAAGCGAACGAUGAGCCUUUGACAGUAGAGACUGGUAACAAGGACAACCUCACCUUCUAUGAACGUCAAGGCUGGAAGACACUCAAUGAGGACAAGCCGGGCCAUUUCGACGACAUGCAUGGUCGACCGCUGCCCAUCUGGGUCAUCUCAUCCACUAGCGAUUCUUGA